CCUUGGAGGAGAGAGCGGCGGCAGCUGGAGGCCAGAAGGUGGACGAGGGAUUCACGCGGCGGGAAGACCCCGGCCUUUGAGGACCAGGGUGGGCGCGCUCUAGACAUCUCCAAAGAGAAGAAUGUCAGAUGCAGAGGAAAACCCACUGGAAGAAACAGAAGAAUAUGGAGAAAUAGAAAUGGAAGAAGGAGAAGAUGAAGAAGAAGAAGAAAAAUAUCCAAAUGAUGAAGGGCUAGAAAAUAUGCAACAGGAAUUAAAAGAAGAUAACACAUUAGCAUGGAGAGGGUCGCAGGAGGAGGGGGAAGAGGAAGAAGGGGAAGGGGAAAAGAGAGUGGGGGAGCAAGAGGAGGAAGAGGAAAGGGAGGGAGAGGAAGAGGGGGAAGAAUUUGGGAAGGAGGAGGAGGCUGCAGGAGCACAGGAAGAAACCACAGUGAAGCCCCAAGAAAUCACCAAGGCCAUGAUCAGUUUGGAGAGACUUACACCAACUGAUUCCCAAUCAGUCUUGUCAGGAACACUCCCAAAAACCUAUAGUGGUAGAGAGUCAAAGCAUUCAUUACAAUCAGAGCUUUUGGAAACACUCGAACUUCCAAGAAGCAUGGUCUCACAAUUAGAGUUUCUUGAUUUGGAUCUAACCACUUCUGCGGAACAACAGCUUAGUUCCCCUGAAAAGCAGCCUUCAGGCGAGCUUGCAGAGAGAACCGACCAGAGGCCCCAAGAUGAAUUGGGACAAGAAAGGAGAGACUUGGAACCAGAAAGGGAAGACUUGGAGCCAGAAAAGAGAGAAGGGAGAAAAGAAAAAAGAGUAUUAUACGUAAAUGAGAAAAAAGAAAAAGAAUUCCAGCCCAAAGCAAGGAUCCCUAAGGUGUCACUGGUCUCCACUGCCACUGAGGACAUUUUGUUCCAAAAGGAUGACAGUGCCAACGUGUAUCCCUUGACCAUGACCUGGUCGUUCGGAUGGAACAGUUCCCUUCCUGUUUACUACAUUCAAGACGAAAACCAGAGAGUUCUUCUGUAUGCCAGUGCUCACACUGCGGUCAUCUACAAUGUCUUCAAGAAUAACCAGCACCAUCUUCAGGGCCACCCCAACGUCAUCUCCUGCCUCUGCAUCAGCGAAGACAGGCGCUGGGUCGCCACGGCCGACAAAGGGCCCGACUGCCUGAUAAUCAUAUGGGACUGCUUCUCGGGUGUUCCUGUGCACACGAUAUUCGACAGCUGCCCAGAAGGUGACGGCAUCAGGGCCAUGGCCAUCACCCACGACGCCAAGUACCUGGCGACCAUCUCAGACGCUGAGAUCCAGAAAGUUUGCAUCUGGAGGUGGACUUUAGCGGUGGAAACACCGGCCUGCGCUCUUAACCUUCCCAAAGAGUAUGGUUUUCAGAGCUACCUUACUUUUAAUCCAACAAAUAAUAAAGAAUUGGUGAGCAAUAGUAAAACACGAGCAAUAUAUUAUAUGUGGUAUGAAGAGGGAGAUAUACUUGUUCACAGUGCCCCACUUUUAACAGAAAAAACAUUCAACAAGCUCGUGGGAAAAUUUAGCCAGUCAGUCUUUCAUUUGAAUUUAACCCAAAUACUGUCAGCGACAAUGGAAGGGAAGCUGGUUGUCUGGGACAUUUACCGCCCACCGCCAUCUGCCUCCACCUCUUCGGGCUUUCCCCACAUCACACCUUGUAAACUGGUUCAUUUGCAGAAGGAGGGUAUCACUGUGCUUACUACAGUUGACAGCUAUAUUGUCACAGGUGACAUUCGGGGUAACAUCAAGUUCUACGAUCACACCCUGUCCAUUGUGAACUGGUACAGCCACUUCAAACUGAGCUCCAUAAGAAGCCUGUCCUUCUCAAAGACCCCGGCAACUCCUCCGACCGAAAAUACAAACUAUCCUCCAGACUGCACUUUAAAAGGUGACCUUUUUAUUGUAAGGAAUUUUAUCAUUGGAACGUCGGAUGCGUCAGUGUACCACUUAACAGCAGAUGGGACCAAACUUGAGAAGUUAUUUGUAGAGCCCAAGGAUGCCAUUUGUGCCAUCUCCUGCCACCCGUACCAACCCCUCAUUGCCAUCGGGAGUUUCUGUGGGAUGAUCAAAGUGUGGGAUUAUGAACAGAAAAAAUACCUCUUCAGCAGGAUCUUUGAGAAGAGGCUUGGAGUCCAGAGUCUGACCUACAACCCCGAAGGAGCUCUCCUCGGAGCUGGCUUCACAGAAGGGACCGUUUACAUUCUUGAUGCAAUGUCCUUAGAAAGUGAAAUCCCAGAGCCUUUCAAAUAUUCCAGAACCAGUGUGACUCACGUCAGCUUCUCCCACGACUCCCAGUAUAUGGCGACCGCUGAUGUAAGUUUCACCGUGGCCGUUUACGUGGUGAGAGUCAAAAAUGGACGAAGGGUCUGGGAGUAUUUGGCAAGACUUCGUUCUCAUCGCAAGAGCAUUCGAAGUGUCCUGUUCGGGGUUCAUCUGGACAGCAAUGAGCCGAGACUGCUGAGCCUCGGGAGAGACAGACUCUUGAUCGAGUAUAAUCUACUCAAGAGCUACAAAGACCACCUGGAAGUCCUGGACAUUCACCGAACCGACCAGGGCAACUACCCCACCUGUAUGGUCUGGUACCCGCCACUUACCAAAGAGCUCUUCCUGCUCAUUUGCAACAGUGGCUACAAAGUGAAGCUUUUUAAUUCAACCACAAAAAUGUGCAGAAAGACACUCCUCGGGCCAGUUUACGGAUCUCCCAUUGAGCAGAUACAAAUCCUCCCAGUGAAAACCCCUCUGGAACUUCAGAAACGCUACAUGGUGUUUAUUAACAGGGACAAGGUUGGACUUCAGAUCUUACCAGUUGAUGGCAACCCACAUAAGACAUCUGCUCUUAUAUGCCACCCCAGCGGGGCGGCUGGAAUGGACGUUUCCUAUGACGGCCGCUACGCCUUCACAGCAGGAGGGCAGGACCGGUCGGUGGUGCAGUGGGAAAUCAAUUUAAGUGCCCUGGAGGCAGCAGUUUCUCUUGGGGGCGAAGACCUGACCCCAUUCUAUGGUCUGGUGUCUGGUGGCAGGGAAGGAAAAUUCUACAGGGAGCUGGAAGACUAUUUUUACUAUUCUCAGCUCCGUAGUCAAGGUAUUGAUACAAUGGAGACCAGAGAGGUGUCGGAACACAUCUGCCUGUCGGAGCUUCCUUUUGUCAUGAGAGCAAUUGGCUUUUACCCAUCGGAAGAGAAGAUUGAAGAUAUGUUUAACGAAAUCAGAUUUAGUGAGUAUGUAGACACUGGAAAACUAAUUGACAAAAUCAACCUACCGGAUUUCUUCAAAGUUUACCUUAAUCACAGGCCACCCUUCGGUAACACCAUGAGUGGCAUCCAGCGGAGCUUUGACAUUCUUGGUUUUACCAAUUCAAAGGGAAAGAAAGCUAUUCGAAGAGAGGAUUUUCUGAAACUGCUUCAAACCAAAGGUGAGCACAUGACAGAAGAGGAGAUGUCUGACUGCUUCGCUACACUGUUCGGACUGAAUCCUGAGGGCUGGAAAUCCGAGCCCGCAGCCUCUUCUGUUAAAGGUUCAGAAAUUUGCUUUGAAGAAGAACUUCCAGACGAAAUCACUGCAGAAAUAUUCACGACUCAAAUUCUUGGCCUAACCAUUUCCCAAGAUUCUGGACAAGAUCCUACGGUCAGUGAAGUUGAAAGGAGUGCCUGAAGCACGAAGGACUUUGUGUGUGUUUUUUCCAAGAGGCACUGCUUUUCCCGCAUUUCCCUACCCCAACUCUAAUCUUC